AUGUACCUAGCUCCAAGUGGUGAAGGUCAGAUAUAUUAUGGGGCUAAGGCAACUUUUUCAAUUUAUGGGGUUCCAGAAGUUAAAGAUACUCAAUUAAGCUCGGCUUGUAUUUGGAUUAUUAAUGGACAUGGUAGUCCGAAGAGAAAUAUGAUAAUAGUUGGGUGGACAGUACAUCCAUAUCUAUACAAAGACAACCGGACCCAUUUAUUUACACUUUGGACGAGAGAUGGAUUUCAAACGUAUUGCUAUGACACUCGAUGCCCAGGAUUUAUACUUGCUAAUAAGACUAAUAUGGUUCCUGGAAGUCUUAUUGAUCAAGUUUCAACUUAUGGUGGACCACAAUAUGAUAUAACAAUAAAAGUUUAUAAGGACUCUGCUUCUGGAAAUUGGUGGUUAUAUUAUGGAGCAUCUGGUCACUAUAAUGACUUAAAUGCAAUAGGUUAUUGGCCGAGUUCUCUUUUUACUAGUUUGGCAGAUAGUGCAUCUGAUAUUCAUUUUGGUGGAACUGUGGCAUAUCUUGCAAAUGAACAAGGCCCUCCAAUGGGUAGUGGUCAUUACCCAGAUGAAGGAGAGGGCAAGGCAGCAACCUUCAAUAGAAUUCAAGGCGUGUAUAAAAACGGCAAUAUGUAUGACUUUCAAGAUAAUUUCAAUGUCGUAGAAGAUAAAAGAGAGUGCUACCGUGUUAGUGAAUUUAAAAACAAUGGUUUUUUCUAUGGUGGUCCAGGUCAUUGUAUUAACUAG